UUCAAUUAAAACAUCAAACGUUAAUCAACAAGUGUUGACAAGAAAAUACCAAAAUAUCUGUAUAAGUAACGGUAACUCAACAGCUGUUUUUAGUAGCAAUUUAAGUGCGCAAGUCAAGCUUCUUAAUUCGUGUAUACAUAUGACAACUGACAAAAGACAUAAAAUGGAAAAAUAAAGAAAAUUACUGUCACUUAUUUCCGUUUUUUGUUUACUGUAAUACACACACGAAAAAAAUAUAAAUAAAAUUUAAAUUAAAAAAUAUUAUAAAAUAUAAAGUUAAAAACCGAUAAAAAACCAAAAUUAAAAUAAAAUUUUAAAAAAUCCCCAGUCGCAAUCCAAAAGCAAAAAAGCUGUGAAAAAAAAACAAAAACCGACAUGUUCCUUAAGGAACUCAUACGUUUUUCCACCCAACACAGAACUUUAUACUGCUAUUUGAUUCUAAGCAUAUGGAUAUUUUUAUUAAUAGCAGGAAUGUACAAAUAUAUUGGUCGCAGUUCUUCUUCUCUGAGUUAUAUUCUAAAUGGCAAAUCACAAUAUUAUGCUUCCGUCAUGACGGCUGCUCCUUCUCGGGAAGCAAGUAAUUUUGCAAAGUACAAGGCACGCUGCACCUCAUUGUCACAAAUUAAUCGUUUAGAUGAUGGUGGCAUAUUAGAUGGUUGGAAGCUGCAGGGUGUUUUAUUGGUUAUACGUCACGGAGAUCGUGGUCCUAUGUCGCAUGUACGUAAUAUACCGCAUUUGGAUUGUGGCAUAACUGGGGAUAACUUGGUUAAUAAAUAUCGUAGUUUUUUAUAUAAUUCCACUUCAGUUUCGGGUUCAAAUCAUAUGUAUUGGAAUAAAGUUGGUCCAUUUCAUAGUUUUCCACUGCUACCUUUAGCCGAAAAAGAGUGUUUACUGGGACAGCUGACCUAUAAAGGCAUAGCUCAACUUUUACAUGUUGGUGAGACGUUACAUCAAAUCUAUGCCCAUCCUUUGGGUUUAUGGUAUAAACAAUCAAAUAGUCAAUAUGGUAAAAAUGUCAUGAAUUCCACACCAUACUCAACUCUCUUAAAUUCGGAUGAAGUCGUUGUCUAUACCACACGCGUACGUAGAACUUUUCAAUCAGCUUUAGCUUUACUAUAUACAUUUUUACCGACGGAUAAAUGGUUGGCACUAAAUGUCAAGGAAUCGCACAGUAUAGCAUUUUGUUUUAGUGACUGUGCAUGUCCACAAGCCGAUUCACUUCGUAAGGAACUAAUAAAAAUGCAAAAACAAAGACUGACACAACAACCUAUGGUGGCCAAUGUAAUGCAUUGGAUUGGUAAUCAACUAUUACAACAUACACCCAAUGGCAUUAAUGAUCCCAAUGAGGUGGUUGAUGCCAUGCUUACGGUAAUGUGUCAUGAUGCUCCCUGGCCUUGUAGGAAUGUUAAUGGAUCAGAGCGUACGGUAGUAAGUACGAAAGCAAAUGAUGUAGACUUAAAUGAUGUCAUCAAUAUCGAUCAGGAUGAUAUGGCUAUAGGUGAGGGGGGACGUGUCGAGGAUAUAGCAUCCAAUUUAAUAGAGUUACAUAAUGGCAACCUUGAGGCUCCGACAGCAACUGCAGAAGGUUGUAUAGAAUCACAUCAUGUUUCUACUCUUAUGUCCUUCUCCAAUUGGCAAUCAACUCGCGAAGUUCAUCAUGCAUACUAUAAACGUAUAGGUUUGAUGAGAGCUUAUGGCAUGAUCAGACAUAUAGUCAGUUAUAUGUUACGCAUGAUAUCCGGAGAUCGUACAAAAUUUGUUUUAUACUCGGGACACGAUUGGACUCUACAAUAUUUAACAGCUGCCCUGGGCAUACAAACGGAUAAUACAUUUAUCGCUUAUGCUGCACGUUUAGCAUUUGAAGUUUAUAAAAGUGAAGCACAUACAGACUACUAUUUUCGUGUGGUCUAUGAUGGUCAUGAUGUUACAAAACAAAUCGACUUUUGCGAGGGUGGUAAAAGUCUUCGGGUUACUCGAGAUUCUCGCGGUAAUAAGGCUGAUCUUUGUCCUAUUGAAAAUAUUAUACGAUUUUUACACGAAGACUAUUUCGGUCCGUUAAAUGCCACCAAUUUUAAGGAUGCUUGUAUUUUACAACAACAAAAACCCAAUGAAUUUUAAUUUAAUUUUAAUUUUUUUUUUUUUUUUGGUAAAUUAUAAUAAUUAUUUUGAAAAAAUAAAAUGCAUUAUUAAAUUAAUAUAAGUAUAUUUAAAACGAAAUUGUAAACGAUACAUAUCAAACUAUCAAAUUAUUACAAAAUCUAUAUUUAAUUUUAAGAUUAAAAAGAAAAUUAAAAUUUAUUCUGUAUUUAAGAAAUCGCACAUAAAGCCGAAAAUAUCCACACUUAACAAUUACAUAUCAAAACUGUGAUAAAUUAGUUAAAUAUAGUAAUUAAGUUAAUGAAAAUAAAAGAAAAAUAUUUGUAUCAUAUUUUAAAGGUGUAGUAUAUCAAAUGAAACGUUACAUAUCAUUGUAAAAUUUAUCGCAACAAAAGUCUAUAAUAUAUUCAUAAAUACAUAUACAUAAUAUUGUAAAAUAUAUAUAUCUAUUAUAUAUACAUAUUAAUUAAACUAAAUAUAAAUUAUUUAAAUAUAUGAACACUAAA